GCCUGCAGUGUCCACCCGUGUUCUCCAGCGCGACUCAGUGACAAUGACGUAACACUCGCGCACGGACCUUCGCUGCGGCGCUGCGGCCAGACUUCCCUGCGCCGCGGCCGGAGCCCCUGGCGUUGCGGUGCGGCCGCGCGCGGACAGACUUCCGCAACAGGAUUCCGGCCUGGCAGCCGCCUGGCAACCGCCCGCUCACCCAGAGCCAUGGCCGCAGCCGGUGGGCCGGAAGCUGCUGGACGCUGCCCCCUUCUCAGCCUCCUUUUGCUUCUGCUGAUCGCGGGCCCUGCCCUCGGCUGGGAAGACCCUGACAGAAUAUUGUUGCGGGAUGUAAAAGCUCUCACCCUCUACCAUGACCGCUAUACCACCUCUCGUAGGCUGGAUCCGAUCCCACAAUUGAAAUGUGUUGGAGGCACAGCUGGUUGUGAUUCUUAUACCCCCAAAGUCAUACAAUGUCAGAACAAAGGUUGGGAUGGUUAUGAUGUACAGUGGGAAUGUAAGACCGAUUUAGAUAUUGCGUAUAAAUUUGGAAAAACUGUGGUAAGCUGUGAAGGCUAUGAAUCCUCUGAAGACCAGUAUAUACUAAGAGGUUCCUGUGGCUUGGAGUAUAACUUAGAUUAUACAGAACUUGGCCUGAAGAAAUUGAGAGAGUCUGGAAAAAAACAUGGCUUUAACUCUUUCUCUGAUUAUUAUAAUAAGCUGUACUCCCCAGAUUCAAGUGGCAUCAGUGGAUUGAUUACCAUCGUAGUACUACUUGCUAUUGCUUUUGGAGUUUAUAAAUUGUUCCUUAGCGAUGGUCAAGAUUCUCCUCCACCAUAUUCUGAGUAUCCUCCAAAUUCCCAUCAUUAUCAGAGAUUCACCAACUCAGCAGGACCCCCUCCUGCAGGCUUUAAGUCUGAAUUCACAGGACCACACGGUGCAGCUCCUGGUUUCGGCAGCGCUUUCACAGGACAACAGGGAUAUGACAAUUCAGGACCAGGGUUCUGGACUGGCUUGGGAACUGGAGGAAUAUUAGGAUAUUUGUUUGGCAGUAACAGAGCAGCAACACCCUUUUCAGACUCGUGGUACUACCCGUCUCCUUCGUACUCUAGCACAUGGAAUAGUCGUGCUUACUCACCCCUUCGUGGAGCCUCAGGUAGCUAUUCAGCAUAUUCAAGCUCAGAGACAAGAACCAGAACAGCAUCAGGAUAUGGUGGUACCAGAAGACGAUAAGAGACUAAAAAGUUGAAGUCAAACACUGGAUGCAGAAUUUCUGAUUUUAAAGUACUGGUGUGAAUUAAAAAAAAAAAAAAAAAAGUGCUACCUGCUAACAACUGGGGAAUAUGUAAAAGCUGUGUGGUUUUUUUGGUCCUGUAUUGCUUUUUGUGCUCUAUUACUUGAGACUAACAGUUGAUAUAUGAGAAAAUGCUUCUGUAGAGAAUUGUAUGUUAGUGUAAUGUGCAGUUGUGUUUUACAGUUUCUGAAAGUGAUGAUUACUGUGAAAAGCUGAAAAUGCGUUAAUUUCUAAAACCUAUGACGUCAUUAAGAAUGAAGGCUUUAUGACCAUUAGACACUGGGUACAGAAAAUGUCAGUCUUAACGUGGUUUUAGUUGAUGAGUCAUUACCUUAUAAAAACGAUAAUAAUCUAUUUGGCAUUUACUGUGUUGUGUUUACUGUUCUUCAAACAUUUAAACCAAGCUUUGGACUACCAAUUAUACUUCUCUCUAUGUUCUGAUCACUUUUGAGCUAAUGAGCUUUGAAUCCUUCAGUGGCGGUGGGGUUCAAUUAAGUGAGAAUGACCUUUUUUGGGAAAAGAUAGAAAAUAUCUAGAAAGUUGUUGCGAAUGAUUUCUGUGCUGACAAAGAUGGCUUGAAACCUCCAUAUUCAUUUCUUAAGUAAGGUUUAAAUGCUUCAGCAAAGGUGUUUUACUAGCAAAAGCAUGCAGUUCUCUGUGGGAUCUCCAGUGUUAUUGUAGCAAUCUGUUUCAAUCUUACAUUAAAAUGACAGGAAAAAUAAAAACAAGGGGUUUCAUUCUUAUUCUUUCUACCAGUUUUGACACAAAUUGGUGUUACUUUUUUGACCCUUUUUCCCAAAGGACAAGGGGUGCAUGCAGAAGCUCUGUCUCCCUAAUUUCCCAUGGUAGUUGCCUUAGCUACCAGUCUCUUGGUAAUUGUUUUCAAAAAAGUAAUUCAGAAAUGGUGUGGAAGGAAGCCUCUGCUAAAAAAUGGCUUUAAAAAAAAAAUAAUGAAAUCUCCAAGCCUCCCAACUCUCAAAGAUUGCACCAUCUGUCUUAGUUAAGCUCUGCAACCUGAGAGUCUCAUUUUUACCUUUUAGGAAUCAUUUAAAAACAAACCUUUGUUUAUUCUUUAAAAAUGUGAUUUAGGGACUAGUUGAAGGAAUAUUGUGAACACAGCCCCCCCUUUUCUCUCAUCAGUAAAACUUGGUAGAAAAUUUAUGUCACAGAGGAAAGAGUUUUUCUUUAAUAUGUUGCACUAAAUCCUUACCCCAUUUCUCCUUAGUAAAAGGAGAUGGAAUAAAAGAAAAUCCAGUUUAUUGCCUUUUCCCCCAUCUGCUUAGUGUUUUGGGUUUUAAUUUACUUUUUGCUAUAGGAGUUGAUAAUCUUGAACUGAGUAUGUUUUACCUGGAGAGCAAAGUAAAAAAACAAAUUGUUAAUUUAAAACUGCUGUAGAUCGUGCCAGUGAUCGUGAUCUGCAUAUAAAAUUUGCUGUU